ACGGUACCGCUCCCGCCGUUCUCAGCGCUGCGUCCCGUCCCAUCCCCUCCUGCUCUCUCUUUUUCUUGACUAGCUUACUUCUCACUCGUCCUCCAUCAUGGCUCCGAAAAACAAGGGAAAGAAAGGCAAAAAGCAGGAUGACGAUGACUUCUGGGAAAACGCAGGCGUUUCGGUUGCGAACAAUAAUGUUGCGGAAGAUGCCUCCGAUGGAGAGGUUGCGCCGAAGAAGGGCGGGUUCAGCGGGUUCGCGGCCGCGGGCCUGUCCGUGGAGGAGCCCCCUGAUGUCCCGGAUGAGGAGGAGGAUUUCGGUGGGCUGAUGUCUACAUUGAAAGCAUCGUCGAAGAAGAAGGAUAAGAAGAAGAACAAAAAGGCAGCGGCCGAGGAGGACGUCGACUUUGCAAACGGAGAUGCUGCCGAAGACGCCGCACCCAAAGCGGCACCUAAAGAGGUCACAGCUGAGGAGCUCGCGGACGAGGAGUGGGGUCCGGCGAAGGAGAAGGGGAAGAAGGGCAAGAAGGCCAAGGGCAAGCAGGGGAAGGCUGCGGACGAGGAGGAGGCUAACGAGGAGGCUGCCGGCACGCCAGAGCCUACUCAGGCCGUUGCCCCGGCAGCUCCGUCUCCUGCUCCUAAGGAUGAGGAAGAGGGCGAAGAUGGUGAGGGAGGUCCGCGAAUACUAUCCAAGAAGGAGAAGGAAAAGCUGAAGAAGGAGCGGGAGAAGGCUAAGAAGAAGGCUCAGGCCGCUGCCAAGAAAGCUACUGGGGGCGCAUCAGCGGAGAAAACGCCGGAGCCGGAGGCUGCACCAGCCGUGGCUGCACCGGCCCCGGAGAAGGAGGAGGAAGACGACGAGGAGGAGGGCGGUGCCGGAGGUGAUGCCGCGAAGAAGAAAAAGAAGAAGAAAAAGGGUGCCAAGAAGGAGGAGGAGCCUGCGCCUGCUGCAGGGAAGAAGAAGGGCCCAGCAGGUAUCAGUGCGCUGAAGGCACUGAUGGAGGAGAAGAAGCGGUUGGAGGAGGAGGCCCGGAGGAGGGAGGAAGAGGAGCGGCUGAGGAUUGAGGAGGAGGAGCGGAGGGCGGCUGAGGAGGAAAGGAAGCGGGAGGAGGAGAAGCAGCGGAGGAAGGAGAAGGAGAAGGCUAAGAAGGAGCAAGCGAAGAAGGAGGGACGAUUGCUCACCAAAAAGCAGAAGGAAGAGCGGGCGGCUGCAGAGAGGAGAAAGCAGGCCUUACUGGCUAGUGGCGUGCAGAUCGAGGGUUUGCAGCAGCCUAGUAGUGGCGCUCCCAAGAAGGUGGUAUACGAGAACAGGAAGAAGAAGCCGGCUGUCGCGAGUUCAGGCACCAGGGAUUCAACGCCUGCGCCGGAGACGAAACCUUCCACUCCCGAACCGCCCGCGCCUCUAGAGCCCGAAGUGACCAAACCCGUAGAGAAGGCUGAUGACGUGAAAAGCGACUGGGACGCGUCGAGCGAUGACGAGAAGGAGAAGGCGCCAGCCAAAGCUGAGGGUGUCAAGAGUGAUUGGGAUGCCAGCAGCGACGAGGAGGAGGGAGAGAAGAAGCCUAGCGCGCCUGCGAAAGCAAAUGGCGCCAACGGUACUGCUAAAGCUGGACAACCUGCUAAGGCCCCUGCGAAAACUACUGCAGCUGCUGGAAAGGCGGCUCCUGCUAAACCAGCAGCCAAGCCUGCCAAUGGAGCGAUGAAAGCUGAGUCAGAAUCCGAAUCUGAGGAGGACAGCGACGACAGCGACUCGGAAGAAGACUCUUCUGAAGAGGAGACAUCGUCUGAUGAGUCUGAGGACAUGACUCAGGCGCAGAAACUGGCGGCACAGAAAAAGGCUGAGGCUGCUGCGAGAAGGGCCAAAGCCCAUGAGGAGGCUUUGCAGAAGCGGAACAAGGACGAUCUGCGGAGUCCUAUAUGUUGUAUUCUCGGUCACGUUGAUACCGGUAAGACUAAGUUGCUGGACAAGAUCCGUCAAACGAACGUCCAAGAGGGUGAGGCUGGGGGUAUCACACAGCAAAUUGGUGCAACCUACUUCCCCAUCGACGCGAUCAAGCAGAAGACUGCAGUUAUGAACGCGGACGGCAAGUUCGAGUACAAAAUUCCUGGUCUUUUGAUCAUCGAUACACCCGGCCACGAGUCCUUCACCAACUUGCGUUCAAGAGGCAGUUCGCUGUGUAACAUCGCCAUCCUGGUUGUUGACAUCAUGCACGGCUUGGAGCCUCAGACACUGGAGUCCUUGAGGUUGUUACGUGACAGAAAGACGCCUUUCAUCGUUGCCCUUAACAAGAUUGACCGUAUGUAUGGCUGGGAACCGACGCCGGAUAAUGCGUUCCGAGACUCCUUGGCGAAACAAAAACGCUCUGUUCAGCGGGAAUUCGAGGAUCGAGUGCAAAAGACCAUCGUGGCAUUCGCCGAGCAAGGUCUCAACGCUGUUCUCUACUAUGAGAACAAGAGCUUUGCCCGGAAUGUCUCUCUCGUCCCAACGUCCGCGAUAACUGGCGAGGGCAUACCAGAUAUGAUUAUGCUCCUCGUCAAUCUCACGCAGCAACGUAUGUCGGAGCGUCUGAUGUACCUGUCUGAACUUGAGUGUACGGUAUUGGAGGUCAAGGUUAUCGAGGGUCUUGGUACGACCAUCGAUGUUGUUUUGGUCAAUGGUUACUUGCGCGAAGGGGAUAGGAUUGUGGUCUGCGGUUUGAACGGACCUAUAGUCACGCAGAUCCGUGCCUUACUGACUCCGCAGCCUCUACGGGAGCUUCGCAUAAAGUCCGCGUAUGUUCAUCACAAAGAAGUCAAGGCUGCAUUGGGUGUGAAGAUUGCCGCCCCAGACUUGGAGAAAGCGAUUGCUGGUUCUCGUCUUCUGGUCGUAGGACCUGACGAUGACGAGGAGGAGAUGAUGGAGGAGGUCAUGUCUGAUCUUACGUCCUUGCUGAAUAACAUCGACAAGUCCGGCCGUGGGGUCUGUGUACAGGCCUCGACUCUUGGUUCUCUGGAAGCUUUGCUAGACUUCUUGAAGAGCAGCAAGAUCCCCGUCUCCGGCAUCAACAUCGGGCCUGUGCACAAGCGGGACGUCAUGCGUGCGGCGACUAUGCUUGAGAAGCAGCGGGAACUUGCCUGUAUCCUCUGUUUCGAUGUGCCGGUAGAUUCUGAAGCAGAGCGCCUGGCUGAGGAGAUGGGCAUCCGGCUGUUCAAGGCUGAUAUCAUUUACCAUUUGUUCGAUGCCUUCACGGCGUAUAACAAUGAGAUCAUGGAGGCGAAGCGCAGAGAUGCUGCUCCUCAAGCUGUUUGGCCCUGUCGACUCAAGAUCAUUGCGGCCUUUGCCAAGCGAGACCCGAUUAUCCUUGGUGUCGACAUCAUUGACGGUACCCUGCGCGUGGGCACUCCCCUCUGCGUCGUGAAAGUCGACCCAGUGACAAAGAAGAAGGAGAUUGUUGAGCUCGGCAAGAUCUCUUCUCUCGAGAUCAAUCACAAGUCGCAAGAGGUGGUCAAAAAGUCGCAAGCUGGCGGUGGUGUGGCUGUUAAGAUAGAACACGCUGUCUAUCAGACACCCAAGAUGUUCGGACGGCAUUUCGACGAGAAGGAUGAGAUAGUCAGCCGUAUAUCUCGUCAAAGUAUCGAUGUACUCAAGACUCACUUUAGGGCCGAGGUCUCCAACGAGGAAUGGCUGCUCAUCAAGGGCCUGAAGUCGCAAUUGCAUCGGACAUGGCACUUCUUCGAGAGUUUUGCAGCGAGCUUCGCCGCUUUGAACUUUAUCGGUGGAGUGAGGUCUGCCCUCUUCCUCGGGCUUCUGGCUGGUGGGCCAGCGGCAGUCUGGUCGUCGUACAUUGUUACCUUGGUCUUCAUGUGGAUCACAGCGGCUGUGCUGGCAGAAAUAUGCUCUGCCCUGCCUCUCAGUGGGUCUAUAUACAUUUGGACGGCUGAGAGCGCUGGACCCAAAUACGCGCGGUUCUUCGGCUUCAUCGUGGCCUGGUGGUCCUGCACCGCUUGGAUGACCUUUGCGGCCGGAAAUUGUCAGACCACCGCCAACUAUGUUGUCUCGCAGCUUGCCGUAUGGGAAGUCAACUUCCCUGGCGGCGUUGGGAAUGAUAACAUCCAAUGGCGUGCGCUCAUAUGGGCCAUUGCAGAAGGUCUCUUCUGCGUCGCCAUUGCCCUGAAUUACAUGCCGCCGAAGUGGUACUCCCGCCUGUUCAAGUUCUCCGUCGGGCUUAUGAUGCUCGACUUCUUCCUGUGUCUAAUUUGGCUGCCGAUUGGAGCAUCGAGGAGUUACGGCUUGCGUACAGCCAAGGAGGUCUUUACUCAGACUUAUAACGGCACCGGUGCCCCGGCUGGAUGGAACUGGAUAUUAUCAUAUUUGUUUACCGCAGGCACCCUGAUAGGCUUUGACGCUUCCGGCCAUAUCGCGGAAGAAACCAAAAAUGCAAGCGUCGUCGCCGCUCGCGGAAUCCUGUCGAGCGCUUUUGCCACGGGUAUCCUAGGAUUUGCGACUACCAUCCUAUUCCUCUUCUGCAUCCCGGACCUGGAAUCCGUAUUUGCUCUCGACGCACCGCAACCCUUCGUGCAGAUUUAUGCCCUUGCUCUCGGCAAGGGACCGAGUAUCUUCAUGACUAUUCUUGCCGUACUGGGUCUCGUCAUCAACACGAGCGUCGCAGUCGUGGCCGCCUCGCGCCUGGUCUUCGCCGUUGCCCGCGACGGCGUGCUCCCGCUCUCAUGGUGGAUUGGCCGGGUCACGCCGGACGGACAGCCGCGCAACGCCGUCACGGUCAUGUUUGUCUUCGGCGCGUUGAUCCUGUGUACCAUCCUGCCCAGCCAAGUGGCGUUCACGUCGCUGGUGUCGGCGGGCGGGGUGCCGACGACGGCGGCAUACGGCCUCAUUGCGCUGCUGAGGCUGACGAUGACGCCGAAUGAGUUCCGGGGGAGCCAUUAUCGCCUUGGGCGGUGGGCCAAGCCGUUCUAUCUGUCUGCGGUGCUGUUCAACGGGUUGAUUGUUGCGGUGCAGUUGUCCCCGUUUUCGUUCCCGGUCAAUGCGGAGACGUUCAACUUCGCUGUCGUGAUCUUCGGCUCGGUGACUCUAUUCGCUGUCCUCACUUGGUACUUUACGCCGGAGGAAAAGUGGUUGAGGCGGGAGCAGAUCUUGCAGGCUCUGCAGACUGCUGAUGAACCGGAGGCUGGGGCGAGCGCAAGCGCGACGCGUGACUGA